ACUGGCGAUAAAAAUACAAUUGAGACGUUGCUUUCCAAUACUUGGAAUUCUACAUCAACCCAUAAUUCACAUUUAAUGCACCGACAAUCAAAAGAAGUGAUUAACAACAUUACCGAAUUGGAUUUAAACGCCGCUAGUACGAGUGCACAGAUUCAUAUUUUGCCUGUGAUUGAUGUUACCACGAGUGAUGAAAAUCAAGAGGAACGUACCAGUUACAAAAGAACGAGAUCGUCAAAUUCUUCAAUCGACAAAAGCCAGUCCCAGGAAGUAACUUUUGUCAACAUUACCCAAGAUGACGAAAAUCAAGAUGGAUGUAGCACUAACAUAAGAGAAAGAGCAUCUGAUUUGGAGUUUACAGAAGCUGAGCAAAGUAAAUUGUGGUUGGUACAUAACCGUGAAGGCAGUGAAGUUCUUCAUCAUUGGAACAAUUCAUACUCUUUACGGAAAUGCGAUGUUGAGGAUAGAAAAUAUAUUACCGCGAAAGACAUAUUCAAUAUCCGGCCAAUUUUGAAAGAAGCGAAGGGCUUCGAAUUGAUCGAACGAGAUUUUGUUAUAAAAUUUUCUGGCAGACAAAAUAAUUUUAUAUUUGGAUGGCAACAAUUUUUCUCCUGCUUAUUCAAAUUGUACGAAAAGAAGCUAACUGAAAAUGACUUGACUUAUAAGGAACUUCUUGAAAAAAAUGCGAAGUUACAGCCAGAUAAUGACGAUAAGCUACAUCCAGAUUCAAUAACGGCUAUUCAAUUUCAUCUCCAGGCAUCUUUGAUGGCCCCAAGAGCUAACAAAAUUCGUUUGUCGAAGGGGGGAAAUUCCGCUGGAAAGGUACGGUUCUGGAAACCAACAGUGGCAGCAUUUUCGUCCAAGCAAAGAUCCCUGGCGAUAUUCAGAGAAUAGUUGAUUUUAAACGAAAGCGUAUGUUAGACAUGGGUCUGCAUCUUCAGCCAUUCAUAAUUUUAAUAGGUAAAGACUUCACCAAUAUACAAAAAGCCUAUGUGAGAAUCGAAUCGGUAUCGUAUGAGUUGCCGUCGCUUCUAAAAGCACUUGAUUUACUUUUUAAAAUUUACUUAGUUUUCAAUCUUCAAUACCCAUUAGAGUGCGAGAACUUUUGUUAUUUGAUUCAAUGGGGCC